CACGUACAGCGGGACGUUUUGGAGAAGAUAAACAAAAAGGAAGGAAGCCUUCGGCUGUACAGUCGCGGCAAACUCGGGUUUAAAAGGUUUAGUUUGCAAGCUAAAAUUAGCUUACAUGUGCCCUUGCAUAGAUAUAUAACAUUAUACGUUCUCAAUCAUGGAAGAGGGAAUAAUAUUUCGUAUGAGUGCAUUUUCGGAGCAAGGGGGGAGGAAAUACAUGGAGGAUGUUGUCGAUAUUAGAAUCGAGUACGAACCGACUCAGUCGCCGACGACAGGCGAAGAUUACCCCAAAACGCAGGGACAUGGAGGACAGGGAAAGGCGGAGGGUGAAGCUACAAAACAGACUGAAAAUGAGACACACGACCAGGACGCUGCUGCCGAGUCCGGCCCGGUUUCUGCAAUGUGGGUAGAGAGUGUACCGAAUGAGGACAGUCACAACAGCAGCGCACCGGUCACAGAGGGAAAAACCUCGGAGCAUGCUGUCGACACUCGGAAGUCUGUGGCUUUUUUCGCUGUCUUUGAUGGCCACGGGGGUCGAGAAGCGGCACAUUUCGCCAGAGAGAAUCUGUGGGGGAUAUUGAAAAGGCAGCGGGGAUUUUGGUCGAAGGAUCACAGUGAAGUGUGUGCUGCUCUCAAGAAAGGCUUCAUCGCCUGUCACCAUGCAAUGUGGAAAGAGCUACCGGAAUGGCCGAAGACUAUCACCGGCCUGCCCAGCACAUCAGGCACCACAGCCAGCGUGACUGUGAUCCGCGGGGUUCACAUGUAUGUGGCCCAUGUGGGGGAUUCGGCAGUGGUGGUUGGAGUGCGAGAAAAUGACUCUGAUAUAACCCUCCAGGCACUUGAAAUAACACAAGACCAUAAACCUGAGCUUCCUAAGGAAAAAGAAAGGAUCGAGCGGCUGGGUGGCAGCGUUAUGAAGAAAUCUGGUGUGAACCGUGUAGUGUGGAAGAGGCCGAGGCUGACCCAUAACGGCCCUGUGAGGAGGAGCACAGUCAUUGACCAGAUCCCCUUCCUGGCUGUGGCCCGAUCCCUCGGUGAUCUUUGGAGCUACGAUUUCUACAGCGGGGAGUUUGUGGUUUCUCCAGAGCCCGAUACAACCAUGAUGACCCUUGACCCCAGUCGGCAUCACUUCAUCAUCCUCGGCAGUGACGGACUGUGGAACAUGAUGCCGCCCAAGAAUGCUGUCAAUAUGUGUUAUAGCCACGACAAAAUGGUUGGACCAAAGGGAAUGUCCUGCGCCCGCCGGCUGGGCUGCACCGCACUCCUUUUCUGGAAAGAGCGAAUGCUGCGUGCAGACAACACCACGGUUAUUGUCCUGGCCCUACAGGAGCGGGGGGGCCCGCCCAUCCCCAUGCACCGAGACGAGAUCGUGGUGGACAUGUCUACAGGAAUGGACCACGUUCCCUUCCCAGGAACCACCUACAACACAUGUGUGGUCCCACAGCAGAGCGAUGCAGCUGCCUCCCCCUUUAAAGGAAGUCCCGCAGCUCUGGAGCAGGCGUUGGGGCUCUAUGAAGCGGCUCUCUGUGGCUCAGCGAGGGCCGCCCCGCACGCCUCGGACUCUUCACUGGAUGUCUUCGAAAAGCAAGACUCCAAAGUGGACUUUGCUGCUCCUGCUCCUCCGUUUAAAAGGUCUCGACGUUCCCACAAUGCCCCAGAACUUAUAGGUCCUCCAUCCUCUGGCAAAAGUUUCCCGGAGACACAGAGCAAUGUACAAAGUGAACAAUCUCGUGAAAAGAGGAGCUCCCCCGAGGAAAGCAGUCACCUGUCACAGCAACACAACGCUGCCUUGUGCGUGCGCUGAAUCUUGUCUUAUAGAAACAGUGUUUUUACCCCGAGGCUGAACGGAUCCUCUGCAUCGUGUCAACUGCCGGAGGAAUAUACCUAGAUGUAUACUUUUUUAUUCAAAAUCCUUUUGUUUUUGUAAAUAUAUGAGAAAUCUGACAGUGUAAAUGUGUUGCUGUUCUCUUCCUUCCCCCUCCUUUUUAAUUUGAGCAAAUUUAAGAUCCAUUUAAUCUAUUUUCAAACUAUGAAAAGUAUGUAUAGUAUAUCCAAAAGAUGUAUUUUACAACCACAAUGUGAGAUAACAUCAGUUCAACAGCAUUGUGCCUGUACAUGAAAUCUUCUAGUUGAUCCAGAUUAUUCCACUUUUGUAGAUUGUUUGAACUGGUUGGAUAUAAAAUGCCUUUCCUUUAUUUAGGUACCUCAGAGCAGUUGUUAGGAAACCUGCUACUUAACCGCUGUUAGGGGUUAGUGUUAGAUUGUGUGCAAUAGAAACCCAUGGCAGUGUUUAAUGCUGUGGCGUGCAACAUAAUGAUACAACUGAAUGGUCUGGGGUAUGGAUUUUUAAGUUCUUCACAUUUGUUUCAUGUCUUAAAGGUGGCUUAUUUUGAAAUGUCUACAUCUAAUGCAAAGCAUAUGGAGAAAUAUAACAUUACAUAUUUUCUCUCAUUUUCCCCAAUGGUAUGUAUUCAGUGCAUGUGUGUGAUUUUAAUGACCUUGUACUUUGCUAGACUUUUUUUUGUUUCUGUGCUGGAUCCAUUCCAAGCAUGAUUUGGCCAAUGAGUGUCUGUAAUGUAUUGGGUGCUGCUGAUGUAAAAGCCAAGAUCAAUACCUGUGCCUCACUGGAAGGUGCGUGAGAGUCUGCUUAUCCCUCCACUUUAGUUUGUAUAUCACCCAUGAUUUUAAAGGCCUAUGUCACCUACAGAUUGACCAUUAGUAUACCAAUUACUCACGCUGUGUAAAGUCUCAAGGUAAAGUCUUUUUAUUUAUUUAGUUUUGUGCCAGCUGGGCAAAAAGGAUAUAAAAAAACAGAAAAGGUCUUGAUGAAUUGAAGUAGAUGAGGCUGCAUUUAACAGCAUCAAAAUUAUAUAUUUUUGCUCACACAACUUGUGUAGUUAAAUCCAAUUCUUAUUUAUCAAGUUGUAUGCUCCUUAAUUUAAAAAAAACAAACAUGCAAUUUUAAUACAACCUUACAAUGUAAUACACUUCUACAAAACCUAGCGAUUCCGAAGUGUAUUAAAUGGUAAAGUUUAAAGUAAAACGUGAGUUUUUAUGUUUAACGUGGCUCCCAUUUACUUAAAUUUCAUUGACUUUCUUUUGUUUUGAUUACUCGUUCCCAAUGGAGAAACUCAUUCUCUUCUAGAGUAAUACAGUGGGAGUACCCGAAAAAAGUCAUGUUGUGGGUGAAGUAUUUCUUUAAGUGUGUGUUAGGCACUAACGCCAUUUGAAUAGACCUUCCUUCAUUGUUGACAUGUUGUAUCCAUGUGUGUCAUUUGCUUCCAUAACUUGUUAUAAAUCUUCACAUAACACACCUUAUUGUACCAAUGCAGGAAGGGCCUGUUCCAUCAUGUGUGUACAUAGAACAUGUGUUAACAUGGCAGCUCAGUUACUGUUUGCCUUCCUUUUACAUAACAUUGUCAUGGUUGCCUUAGCAAAAAUGCAUUAAGAGGUACUUUUUCUUUUAUAUAUAUAUAUUUGGGACUCAAACGGGUGUGAUCCUCUUAGAUAUUUUAAGUACAUUAAACACUUAUCAUGCACCUUCAGUAUUACACCAAUGUUAUUUUACCAUCCACUACAGAAUACUAAACCUGUUUUUUAAUGCGAGAGCCGUUUGUUGGUUUUGUGCAGUAUAUGCAAUAUAAGUUUGUACAGUACAUUAUUAUGCAACGUUUUGGAGAUUUUUUAGGAGUCUGGCAUGCUCCCAUCUACUCUGUAUGAUUUGAAAUGUCCAGAGGUAAUAGAUGUUAAUGGGCAUGAAUUUAGGUUUUGACAAUGACAAUACUUUUGGGUUUGGUUUCAUAUCCACUGCAACCCAGGUUUCAGGACUCUCUGUAUAAGCUAAUGUGUUGAAAGUGACUGGAUAUACAGUGUCUGUGUGUUGUAAUAAAGUUCUCUUUUCCAUUUGG